AUGUCAUAUGGUCAGAUAAAUAAUGGCACCAAUAUAGAGCAUUUACUUCAAAAACAAAAUUUAGAUUUAGAAUAUUUAACCCUAUUUCAUUUGUUUCGAAAUAUCUCGUCACAAUUAUACUUUUCUUCUUUUCCCAAUUUAUAUUCACUAAAUUUAACUUCUAAUCAUUUAACUGAAAUCAGUUUUAAUUUAACCACACUACCAAAUUUACACAUACUUAUUUUGUCUCAAAAUAAUUUGACUCAAAUAACGUCCAAAACGUUUCAUGUUCUUAGUCGACUUGAAUAUUUAGAAUUAAAUCAUAAUGAAAUUCGACGAAUUGAACCAUAUUCAUUCUCAAAUUUAUCAAAUUUAAAAUAUAUUGAUUUACGAUAUAAUAAAUUAACAAAUUUAUAUCCACCGGAAAUUAAACAGUUUUCUCAACAGAAUAAAGUAUUAUUAAUUAACAAUAAUCCGUUAAAAUGUCAAUGUAUAAACGAUAAACAGUUUAAAUUUAUUUGUGAAAAAGUUACAACAUCGAGAAAUAUUCUGUAUGAUGAUAAGAAAUGUCAAACUCCAUAUUUUGAUAAAACAGUCCAUCAACUAUUACCUAUACCAACAACGUUAACACAAUUACGUUUUUCUAAAUUUAUUCUACAAUGUCCAAUUCAAGGCGAACCAUUACCCACUAUUAUAUGGUCAACACCAUUUGGUCAAUUAACAACAUCAUCAAGUAUAGAUCAAUUGUAUUAUUAUCGAAAUACAACAUCUGAUUUAUAUACAAGUAUUAUGGCAUUAGCUGGCCCUCUAACAGCAAGAACAAAACAUCAUUUAAGAGCCUAUAAUCAUCGAUAUUUAGAAAUAACUCGAGCACGUUCAGCACUAAAUUCACAUAUUGAAUGUACAGGAUAUAAUUUACUCGGUAGUUAUACAUAUAAAUUUUCUUUAAACGUGAAUACUCAUAUUCAAGAUCGUUUAUUUUGGCAACUAAUAUACACAGUCUCUUGUGGUCUGUUUAUUUCGUUAGUAGCUGGUGCUCUAUGUAUAUCGAUGAAACGUACUUACUAUUCAAAAGAUAACAUCAAAACGCCACCUAUUUAUCCCACAAUGGCUCCAAACUCAGCUUCGCGUACACCACCAAAUUUUGCCAUGAAUGAAUGGUUAUCAUUGGCCUAUGGAAAUAUUAGUGAUACUCUGGAACAAGUUCGCGAUAAAUUACGAGCCAGUGUUCAACAAGUGAGUGUUCAUAUGGGUACAACAAUGGCAAGAGGAAUGGAAUUAUUUACACAUGGUUUGGAGCAUGCAGGUGGUACUUUAAGACAAACAGCUGAAACAUCAGCAGCCUAUUUACAAUCGUUUCGUGAAACAAGUCAACAACGCCUGAAUACAAUUCGUGUGACAACAUUAACAUCGUUGAGACAUCCUGGUAAUAUGUUGGCAACAAGAAUGAGAGCAGGAAUGAAUAUUUUAUAUUCAAAUUUUAACCCGCUUCGUGAGUUUUGUGGCACAACAACCGGAAUAGGGGUUGGGCAUGCAUCAGUAGGACAACAAAUGGAUCAGAAAUUAACAACCAUAGACGAAGAAGGACAAGAGAUGGGAAUCGAUGAUAACAUUCCAGAGUCAGGUGUUAUUCAGACUUCUGCUCUCAUUCAUCAUCAUCGUUCUCCUCAUCUUCAAUAUACUGGUACUCAACUUCAAUUACCCGUUCUUCACAAUGCUGGUAUUGGUCAGUUAUCUACAGCAACAGCGACCGCAUUACUAAUGAAUAAUUUUGACGACGGAGAUACUCUCGAAAAUGAAUCGGAAGUUUCUCAUUCAACUCCAUUACUAAAAUGGAAUGGAGGAGGAAAUUUAGCGGCAGGCAUUGGAACAUUUCAGCAUGAUGGAGAUGAGCUUGUUUAUAUUGAAGAUAAAGAACGUUUUACAAUGUACGGACAAAAGCGCCCACCAGAUGAUAUAAAAUAA